UGCAACACAUGCAGCGAGGAGGGCGGUUUAUCGGCGGGCGCUUAUCGGCGCCGCGGCUCCGGUUCUCGAUGUGAACACGCCAAGUUCGGAUAGAGCGAGAUUCGCUGCAACAUGUAGCCGAGGCAUGGCGACGGAAGUGCGGCGCUUCGAGAUGCAACGGCCCCAGACGACGGCCAGCCGCAGCGCCGAGGCCCUCUCCGAGCUGCAGGCCAUGCGCCAGCGACUCAGGCCGGUCACGCCGUCGCCGAAACCCUCGCCGCGCCAAAUCUGGCACCCGCAGGAGAACUUUAUCGGGCCCCUGCGCAACUACAUCCCGGCCGAGAUGAACAAGGACGGCGACUACAGACUGUCCCGGACGCGCAGUCCGUCCGACUUUGUCGUUCCGCGGCCGCUGGCCUCGAUUUCGGACGAAAAACCGGUGCCGCGGCCGCGCACCACCAGAGGCCGCAGCCCCGUGCGCCGCGUCGUCCCUCUCAACGACCGGCCCACCCUCAGCUCGGCCAACAAGGAGAAGCCCAAAAUCGGCAGUCCGGAGCGUCCGGUCACGCGGGGCAAAAGUUCCGAGCGGCCCAAGUCGCAGCGGGGCAGUCCGGAGAAGAAGGUCAGUCCGGCCCUGUCGCAAAUUGAAAUGAUCAGCCCGAGCCGGACGCUGACGAAGAAGGUGGUGGUCGUCGAUCCGGACACCGUCCGCAGCCCCGAGGAGCGAAUCACGACGCGGAUGGCGGCGGAGCCGGCGGUGUGCAGAACCUGCGGAAUGAGCCCCGAGCGGAACGCGUUCAAGCGACCUUUGACCUCGACCGGCCUCUUUUCGGACACCAUCACCCUGAGUCCGCGGCUGCAGAGGGCGACGUCGCCCUCGCCCGAGCGACACCACCGCUCGGUCAGCCCGAUCAAGUUCGUCAUCCCGAUGGGCCAGGCCGGCGACUCGUCCUUCCCAGGGCUGACCCUGGAAAUCGUGUCGCGCGGAAACACGCCCGACCGGGACGCGACCCUGACCAUCUUCAGCCCGCGCGACGACGCCCUGUGCAUCGCCACCUCCAGCCCCAAGAGAAGCCCGGCCAAGGGCAAACCGCCCAAGCAGCCCGGCGUCCACCUCGCAGAGACCAGCCCCCGCACCCACUGGGUCGUCGACCGGCCCUGCAGGACGCCCAGCCCCGUCCAGGCCAAGUACCCGCCCUCCAGGGUGGCCAGCCCCAUCAAGAGCAUCAACGCAUACAUGCGACCUCCCUCCAGAGGACCCAGUCCGCCAGGGCGUCCCCGUUCGACGUCUCGAGGCAGGAGUCCCAGUUUCGAUUUCAACCUGAUAAGACUGUCGACGGCGCCCGCGAGGCGCCGAGUGAGUCCGCCGAGUCGGCCGUGCUGCGCGAGGUCGACGGCCAAGUCGGCCGCCGCCAAAGAGGCGACCAAGAAGAAGGCGGCGAUGAAGUUGGUGGAGACGGACCCCGAGUACGUUUUCCACCACCCGUCCAUGCCCAUCGUGAAGCGCGGCCCAGAUCUGCCGCCGCCGCACACAAAAUUGCGGCCAGAGGCGCCGCAAACGAGGCCACGGUCGCGCAGCAAGAAUUCAGCCUCCUUCGUCGUGUGGAAGGAGCAGCGGAUCGACCUGCCCGAACGCAUCCAGAGCCCCAAAAAGGAAAAUAAAAAACCAGGCGAGGGUGGCCCUGACAUGGUGAAGGCGGCCACGGAGGCGGAGAAGGCGCUGGCCAAGUCGGCGGCCGCCAACAAGAAAGUGGACGUGGCCGCAGCGGCCGCGGCCCAGAUCGAGGCGGCCAGCGCCGCGGCCUCGGCGGCCAAAAAGUUCGGCUCGCGGCGAGGGACGCCGACCAAGUCGUCGAUCGACCUGGGCGCGGUGACCGCGGGCAGCACCACCAGCCUGCGCAACGCCAUCGGCAGCGUGACCAGCAUGAAGGGCGCGUUCGCCGGCGGCCAGGGCAGCGCCAAGGGCAGCACCACCAGCAUCCCCUCGGCCGCCGCCGCCAACAGCCCCAAGCCGAACGUCAAAAAGUCCAUGCGAAUGAUCGCGACGGCCAACUCGAGCACCACGUCCAUCAGGAGUCACCUUUCCAAAUCGGUCGCCUUUGAAAAAGCGGCUGCGGCAACCGGUGAAAUUCAGGAGGGGGCAGGGACGCCGACCAAGUCCGUGGGCACCCCGAGCAAAGGAAGAGAAACGCCGGGCAAAGAAAGCUCGAGCAAGGUGAGUCUGAAGUCGGCGUCGAGCGAGGCGUCGCUGAAAAUGGCCAAGGCGUCCAACGAAAACGCGGCCAAGAGUUUCAACAGCGCCAUCAAGAACGUCAAGGGCAACGUGCCGCAGAAGAAGAUCUUCAGCACCAUCAACUCGGCCAUCAACAUGCAGCAGGAAAAAGUGUCCGUCACCAGCGCCGACAUGGCCGCCAUCCUGCACGACGAGCACGCCGCCGGAGAAAAGGACGAGUUGCCAGAACUGAUCAGCGAAAAAAGACGCGGGUCGAGGCGGUUCAGCGCCCUGGGCAGGAUCGCAGGGAUGGGCGCCAGGUUUGGCUUCAAGAACAAGAAGGAAGGAGAGUCUGGCGACAAGAAAAGCCUGUCCAGGUCUUCCUCCAAGUCGUCGUUGGGCGACAAGGCUGGAACUCUAAGUAAAAGCGGAAGUCAAAGUUCGCUGGGCAAACUGCGGUCCGCGUCCGGCAUCCUGGGCUCGCUCAGUUCUCUGGUGAGCACCAAAAGCAGGGGCGAUCGUUCAGACAAGUCCGACUCGGAGGGCGCCAGCAGUCCGUCCACCUCGAAGAAGCACGGCCGGUUGUCGGCAAACGCGGCCAUGCGAGCCAUGUCGGCCGCCAAGUCGCUCGUCAGGUCGCCCAGGGCCCAGUCCAGCACUUCCCUCAACAAAUCGCAAAAGGACGGUGAUGAGAGCGAGUCGGAAAGCGCCCCCGGCUCGAAAAAGGGCAGCAUGUGGAAGUUGCCGACGCGCGACUCUUCCAGCGCCAUCAUCAACAUGAUGACCAAAGACUCGCGUUCGUCCUCCGUGGCCUCCAUCGCCGCCACUCCUCCCUCCACAAGGGUUUCCAGGCUCAAUUCGGCCGCCAGAACCGUCAGAAAUUUUGUUCGUCUGGGGAGUCGGAGGAACUCGCAGGCGUCGCUCAACUCGCAAAUGCCGACGCCCGACUCGAGCAUUCCGUCGACGCCGAAGACGCCGCGGACGCCGCUCAGCUUGAAAAAAGUGAGCGCCAAGGCUGGAAAAAUCGCCGUGUUCGGAAAAAGGUACCGGCGCAACCCCGAGCCAGAGGAGGAGGAGGCGGGGGCGGCCAACCCGGCCGCCCCCGCCGAGAUGGAGGUGGUCAACGAGGUGGACAGUCGCGGCAGCAGCAAGCGCGGCUCGGUCAAGGGUUCGCAGGUCACGCUCGGCUCACGAGUGUCCAAAAAAAUGUUCGGGUCGCGCGGAAACGAGACGCUCGGCGAGGAGUUGGUCGCGCGCUUGGACUCCAUCAGCGGCAGCGAGAUGGACGAGAGCAUGAGCAGCAGCGUGGCCGCGACGACGUGCUGCUGCUUCCGGGGCGCGUGGGCGCAGCGGCUGGCGGGCCGGCGGUGGCCGUGCUGCGGGCCGUGCAUCCGGCCGCUGCCGCCGGCCAAGGACAAGGACAAGGAGGAGCAGUGGGCGAAAACGCGCAAGCACGACUUGGACGUGGAGAUGCAGGGCACGGAGGAGACGGCCGAGCAAAAGCCGCGCCUCGUCGACCGGCUCAAGUGCUGGCGCCGCCGCAAGCGCCACGGCUCGGCGUCGUCCGAGGCGCCGGUCGUCGCCGCCGCCGCCAAAAACAGCGUCGCCCCCAAACGCACCAUGGGCCAAAGGCUGAAAAGCGUCUUCAAGUGCGCGGCGAUGCGUGGCUGCUGCGCCCAGUUGUCCUGCCGAGGCUGCUGCGCCAAGGUCUCGUGCGCCUGCUGCUGUCCGUGUUUCGCCUCGUGCGCCUGCUGCACAAAGUGCUGCAAGCGCGGCGCCGUCGGCGACGCCACCCCCAACCCCCUCGACAGCAAGCGACCCUCGCUGCAGAGCAAACGCAAGAGCAGGUCCACCAUCAACAACGAGCCGAUUGUUCGCAAACUGGACGUGUCCCUGUUGGAGGCAAAUUCCUUGAUCCAGUCAGCGAUUCCAGUACUUCCAGUAAAACUAGCUUGGAUUUGCCUAAUUUUGAACAUUUUCAUUCCAGGUCUAGGGACGAUUUUGAGCGGAGCGUUUUGUCUGUGCAUCGGCCGGCCGCGGUUUUCGGUGGAGGACCGGCCCGAAGAGCGGAUCGGAACCUUUUUCCUCGACCUGAUGGUGGGCGUGGGCCAACUUUUCACGGUCCUCUUUUGCCUCGUUGGCUGGGGUUGGAGCAUCUGGUGGGGCACGAUCAUGCUGAAAUUAGCAAGAAAGAACCGGCGAUUGAUGGCGCGGGCUGCCGACGACGUGGCCAAACCGGUCAACCCGCGCAGACCGUCAGACCCGGCCAACAAAAAGUAGACAACUUUUCCACGCACCAGAUAAAAAGGGUGUAUAUUUUUGUACAAUUAUAUGCAAA